AUGGCUCCAGCAAACACCGGAGCUAAGAAACAAAAGAAGAAGGUUAGUCCCAUCAACAGGUUUAUCUCCAACCCGACCACAUUUUUCUAUAAAGCGCCGUCAUCCAAUCCGUUUCAAUGCGAUAAUGAUGAUUGGGAUGAUGUUCUCCUCGAAAAGCGCUUAUCCUCCAUCUUGUAUCAACAUUAUGGAGGACAAGGAUUUCAGAACAUCAAGCACACAUCCAGUAAAGGUCAUUGCCAAGUAGCAGGCCUAGACUUAGAAGUCAAUUACCGCAAAAGCUCUGAAUUCAUCUCCUAUGCUUUCAAAUACGGAACAUCAAUGCUAAUUUGCGUUACAAACUGCAGUGGUCUAAGGGAAAGGGUUUUCAAGGACAAGGCCCAACACGCCGUCAUCCUCGACAAAGCCACCUCCGACAAACUCUACAAAGAUGUUCAAUCAUACCGUCUCAUCACAGUUGCCACCCUUGUCGACAGAUUGAAGAUCAACGGCUCCCUCGCGCGGAGAUGCCUGGCGGACUUGGAGGAGAAGGGACAAAUCAAGAAGGUUGUUGGUCACAGCAAGUUGCAGAUCUACAGUAAGUCUUUUCCCGUCACAAACUCUUUAUUCCUGUAG